AUGGCCAGUAACCUCCAGGAUCUGAAGCAGGCCCUUACCCCUGCCCUCCUUGAGGAGGUGCGCCACUUCUGGUUUGAUCAUCUUGGCGGAGAAGACCAUUUGAUUCUCCCAGGGCAAAGUGCGAUGAUGCGCUGGUUCCGCCGUGAUGCUGAUUUCGAUAAAGCUUGUGUUGCACAAUUUCAGCCUGCUCUAGAGGCAAUCCUGGACUCUGGCGCAUCUGCAAAGCAAAUUCUCGAUGUAGUUGACACUUCCUCCCCACUCACGUGGCUCAGUAUCAUUCUGCUUCUGGAUCAGCUCCCGCGCAACUGCUACCGCGGUGAUGAGUCGAGGCUGGCGUUCGAGCGCUUUGAUCCGCUCGCGGAAGAGGUUGCUCUGCGCGCAAUUGAUGCUGGCAUCCAAACUCAAUCUUCGGAUGUGCGGUAUCGAUUGUCAUAUCGUUUCUGGUUCCACUUGCCCUUAAUGCAUUCCGAGAACCUUGCUGUGCAUGAGAAAGCAAUGGCGGCACAUGAAGAUACGGCAAAGGAUAUGGAAGGGUUGCUUCGCAGAGAUGCUGCGACUCUCGAUGCCGAUGAGAAUAGGUGUUUUACUGUUCUAUCGAACCAGCAAGAUGCACUUGAAGCCUUUUUGAGCAGUACAUUGGAGUUCGAGAAGAGACACAAGGUUAUUAUUGAGCAGUUUGGACGAUACCCACACCGGAACCAGGUCUUAGGUCGGGUUUCAACCGCAGAGGAGGUGGGGUAUUUAGAGAAUGGUGGGGAGACCUUUUCUGAGUAA